AUUAUAUUACCUUGACUAGAGAAUAUCUCUAGUGGUUUCUCAAAUUUGAUUAUUGAAAAGUCAUUAGUAUUUUACUUGCUCUUCUGGCUUGCCUCUUAACAUUCUGUAACCUUGCUUGCGAAUUAUUGACAAUUACUAUACAGGAAUUGUGACUUCUGUUAGUCUUUCUGUUAAGAAAGAAAAAAGAGAUAUUAUCUCACUCUUGAAUUGCAUCCUAGAUAUUCUUUUAUCAUAGAUCAUUCAUGAAUAAUAUUUUUAGACACAUUUCAAUUCCUUUAGCCUUUGUUUUUUUCUUUUAUUUGUGUCUUUUUCAAUUUGCACUUUUUUGGCAAAAUAUAUUACAAACUGAUAUGUAGCUCAUUUUUUCAUCAUUUUAAAAAUAAAGAAUUAUCAUAUUAAGAAUAUAGGUUUGUCAAGAGGAAGCCUACCUUGUUGGAGUUGAAUGUAAAUGCACUGAAUUAUCAACAUCAUCAUUUGCUGUUGAUGAAUCACUUGAAGAAUUUGCACAAUUAGCUCAUGCUGUUACACUUGCCAAAAGUAUGUUUCUAUUUCCCCCAUUGAUCAUGUUGCAGCAAAUAGUUCUAUGGUUGCUCUAAGUGUGCAUUUCUAGAGGUCUAGAAUCUAGGAGUAUAUUAUUGCUUUGACUGUGUCAUUGAAUGAUGAAAUUCAGAAAAUAUAUCUUUCUGAGGCAUCUUUCUGACUUGAACUCUAUUCUUUAAUCUUACAUAGGAAAUAUUUGAUUGAUGUCGCUUAUCUAGUCUUACAUGACAUGUCAUAUUUAGUAAUUUGUGUAUCUCUUUGUAUAUGUCUCCUUCAAGAUUCAUAAAAAUCAUCUAGUGUUGUCAACAACACUAACAAGUGAAGACAUCAUGGAUAGCUAUUGCCAUCCAUUGAGAUGUUGUAUGAUUGGUUAUAUUUAUUGGGGUUGUAUAAUAUUGAGUUUUUCAAUGGUUGUGAUUUAAAUUCAAAUAGUCACAAUCGUAGUUGCUUUCUAUCUAGCUGAAUAAGCUUUGGUGAUGGCGGGUUCUUUGGUUACGUUAAUGUCUCUUGAAGCUAGGGAAUUGGGUUAGAGAAAUUAAAAAAAAAAAUCAGAGAAUCCCAAAAAGUCAGAAAUUAUGAAAGCAAAUGUAAUUUUCAAAUUUUUUUGUGGCCUUAAAUAGAAAUAUUAAAUGCAAAGCUACCUUUUUUGUGAUCUUGGAGUUCUCUCUUGGUGGUUGUUAAUCGUCAUAUUCUUGAGAAGGAUUAGUGACCAUAUGACACUCCUAUAAUAUGGGCUAUUUGCUUUCUCCUUUUCAAAAUUUAUAUGGAAUAGUACAAUCAAAAUUUAAUGAUCUAUAAAUUCUUCUCAAUCUUAGAUUUUUUCUAAUUGAGUGUGUUUGUUCUGGUGAAAUUAGGGAGUAACUUAUUGACCAGAUGACACUCCUAUAAUAUGGGUCGUUCCAUGCUCCUUUCCAAAAUUGCUGUGGAAUAGUGUAACCAAAAUUUAAUGAUCUAUAAACUCUCCUUGACCUUGGGUUUUUCCCAAUUGAGUGUGUUUGUUCUGAUGAAAUUAGGGAGUAACUUAUUAAUGGUUUUAUUCUCUUCGUUUCUUGGGUAACCACAAUUGUAAUAUGUAGAAUGAAUUUUCUUCGUUGUCAUGUCUUAUGCUGUCUAGUUUGAACUUAUAGUAGCUUUCUAGAGUGCUUGUAAUCAAGAUUCUAGUUAUGCUAACUGAUCUAAAGUUUUGUUUAGGCUUGCUUAUUGAAAUCAAAGGCUUUAUAUUGGCUCUAGAAAGGGUGAUGAAGCCAAGUGUGCAAUCCAAGCCCUUGAUGUUGAAUGUGUAAUUUUAUCAGGAAGAAGUUCUUAUGCAUUUAUGAUAUAAUUAUUAUGUAGUCAUUAUAGCUCUCUAAUGUUGUAUUUUAUAUUUCUUACUAUGCUUUAACUAAAAUGACUUUACUUGCAACAAUAUGAACUAAAAUGACAUUACUAGGGGUGAGGAAGGGAGGAGGAAAGAGGAAGAAAAAUAGAGGUAGAAGGAGGCUAUGGUGGAAGAGGAGGAAAAGAAGAUGAGAACACCUGGCGGUGGUUGCACAAAGAGCAAAAUAGGCUUGUGAGGAGACACGAACCUCAGAAGGAGAACCAGUUCAAGUAAUUUUAAAAGAAAAAAUGGUUUGAUUCGGGUCUUCGAAAAGGGAAAACAGGCCUAGCAUUUUUUUUACAAAAAAGGUAAAAAACCAUACCAUACAACCUGAAAUGAGGCAGUCCACAUCUUAAAUCAUACCAUACAGCCCGGACAGUCAUUAUCAAUCAAACUGAUUAAAAUUUAAAUCAAUGAAAAUUGUGUUGUGUCUCAGUUUCUGAUGUAAUUCAUUACUUUCUGAGUUACUUUCUGCCAUUUGGUAAAAAGUGGGAAAGAUAAGUUAAUUUCUGCAUUUAAAUGCAUUUUAUAAAUGUAAUGAAAUCUUCUAGCUUACCAUUUUAGAGAAAGAGUAAUGCAUAGUUGGUAGAAAAUUUCUGCCAAGAUUUCUUUCAAGUCGAGUAUAUCUCAAUUAAGACAUAUUUUUAUGAUGUUUGAUGAUAUCUAUCAUUUGUUGUCUAUAUCUAAUUAUCUUACACUUUCAUUCAGAUUUGUCGAUGAUAUUUCUUUAAUGUCGAAAAUGAUAGAAAACUUCACAAGCAUGGAUAGUUUUAGUAUCCGAAUAGUGUAAGUUACAAAAACUCCAAUGCAGUAUAUUCAAAUAGUGUCCUUGUCUUUUAAUUGUCUUUUGCAUGGAUUUAAACAGUGUGCUUCCGCUACAGUACCUUCGACUAUGGAUUUGUUUCAGACCAUACUGUCACGGACUUAGCUGGUUUUGCCUAAGUCGUGCGGCACCCUUGCGUGUCCGUCCGCAAAGGUCAGCCUCCCCGAAGUCUCCCAUUGUCCCUUAGGACCAACAAAAGAGAGAACAGGCUAGAGGGAACGCCUCAAUCGGGAUCUACAAUCAAACAUCUCCGAAAAACACUUCAUAGACAAUGCAAAUUACAAACAGACUUUACAAGCUCUGAACAGUGGCACAACAAAGGGUAAAAUGGUCUAUUACAGACCGAAAAUCUCUCACACGUGUCCACAUGACACAACCUUUAUUUACAAGCCUAAAGAGGCCACCAACCCAACUAAAAUGGGACUAUUAAGCCUUCGGCUGCCCCUCUACAUGCUGUACAAGGCAUGAACAUGCCAAAAGACACGGACAUACAUAAGCAUUACAUCAAACAUCCUGUUUCGAAGUUUGUCCGUGACAUUCUCCCCCACUUAUUCCUUCGACGUCCUCGUUGAAGCCUUUGUCGACACUGCAACUCCUCGCAUUUGCUGAGUCUUCAAUCUUCUGCUCCAGCUACAAUGCGCCUCUUGGCUCCUUGCUGCUCUCCGCUGCUGUUUUUGAGUAGUCGAACCUUUGAUCCGCCAUGCUGCUUCAACUCACCAAUGACUCUGACUUUGGUGUGGGGUUGGCCGAGUUGUGUUGAUCCUUGUUGAUUCCUGCGGAUCCCCCAAAUGAAGGAAAAGACCAUCCUUACUGCGCCAGUCUCUCAAAUUCCUCAUGCUGCUUGAACUGGGUGGAUGCUUGUUGGAGCUUUAACGAGCAUCGUCUCGCAAACUUCUGAAGUUUUGGGUCCUUCCUCCACAAAAUUUGCUCAUUGACUCUUCUUUCACUUAGUUGUCACAUUCAGGUAGGUUCGCAUCACUUCCGCUUUCGAUUGGCAUUUCGUUGGGAAAUGAAGCGAACAAUCUACUCUCAGUAGCAUUGAUCACCAUUGGUGAGGAUUUGACAACUAUUGUCUUCCAUUAUCUUCAAAGGGUCUUUGAACUUGUGCAGAGCUCCUCUGCUGGAUAGAUAAGAGAAUUGGGGUACUCGGUUUCGCCCAUUCUCUUAAGAGUUGAGAAGGCAAAGGUUACUUGACUUCGCCCGCCUCCUCGAGGUUGUACUCCAUGCAUCGAGCUGGUUACUAGCCUUCGCCUUCUAUUUGCUCACACUUCUGAAGCACUUGAAGUGUUUGCACUCCUUGCGUUGAGUUAAUUACUGUGAUUCACCUUCUCAAUGCCAUUGAACUUCUGGAAUGCAGGAAGUUUUCACCCCAACUUGGAGUAAUUCUCUCAUAGGUUUGGUCACCUCUGGGAUUGUACCGUCUUCUCCAUCAACCCUGCCGCCUACUCCACUGAGUAGCAAAGGUACAACACCGCGUACUGCCUGCUUUGUUCCUUGGUUAUGCACUCUUGCAUGACCGGAAGUCCUUCACUUUCGGCUAUCUUGAUGAGAAGCACAUUGACACCGGUCUUACGAAGUUCUUCGGCCUCUGCCCUUCAGCCUUGUCUCGGUACUUGGAGAUUGCCUCUGCAUUCUCCACCUCCUCGGCCCCUUUCACGACCAAGCUCUCUCCCUCCAUGAGAGCAAGGGAUCAAUGACUUUCACGGAAGUCCCGCCUCUGCGGUACCAUGGCGCUGCCAUGCCCAUGGCCCUACUAUCCGUCGCCUCGCAUCUGCAUCCCUUUUCUUCACAAUCAGUAGAUAUGCCUCUGUGGCACUCCUCCGAGUCCACCUCCAUUCUAACUUAUGCUUGGUUUUGGGUAGCUAAGUCCCUUUGGACUCGUCGUUGCUUCCUCGCCCCUUUCGACCCCCUGCUUCAACACCUCUGUGUUCUCCAAGCAGUCCGUUUGGUCGAUGGAAAGACAGACUGCAACUCCCAUGUAUGACCUCUGCCAUCACGUUGUAGGGUUUGCACCGAUUCUGUUCUCCUUAGCUUCCUUGGUAGCAACGUUCGCUUACUCGGCCUUGUCCUCUAACUUGCCGGGCUCCCUUAAGCGAAUAUGAGCUCUGGAGUAGUCCAACUCUCCAGCUGCUUCGAUCAUACCUCUGCAUGAUCAAGUCCCUCCCAUGGAACUCACUGGUACUUGCAUUCGAACUUUUCCCUUGGUGGAACCCAGCCCCCAUAUGCUGAUGACCAAGGUUUUUAUCCGAUGCAAAAUUCGAUGCACGCCCGGAAGACCCGCCUCUGCGGUACCAUGGCCUUCACUCCUUGAAUCCAUAGCCCUUCUUGCCGUCGUGUUGUUCACGGAAGUGGAGCUUCCAGUAGCUCCCGAUCAUACCUCCAUAUGAUCUAGUCCCUCCCGGGACAAUGUCGUGUGUAUCGUAUUGCCACGAACUGUUCCACCACGAUCCGCUGCACUAUGUCGCCUCCUGGUGACAUCUCCAUUACAUUCUGAUCCUUGUGGAAUAAACUCGAAUUGUGAACCCUCUAUGUGUGGCCUCUGCCAAUACAUCUCAGGGUCUCUUCCACCUUCGAUUUUGUUUGCUCCUUUGGCAAUCGACCUUCAUCCACCCACUCUUGGGUCACACCUAGAUGAAGCACCGCUCUAGGACAGUCCGUCGCCUAGUAGCUCCCGAAGUCCACUGACUUCACUGUAAUUUGUGCACUAUUGUCUGGAUCCUGGGCCUCUGCCCCUACCAGCACAAUCUCCGCUGCGCACCGCUUCCUUCAUGGCAACUUGAAUGGUAACACUGUGGCAUAUUCUUCAAGAGUACCCGCCUCUGCGUCCUCUUGCCCCGUGCUAAGGCCUUCUGAACCCAACUUCACCUCCGCAAAUUGAGUCUCCUUAGUUCCUCCAUCAAAUGCUUCUCCGAGAUAAGGUGCAUGGGCCCAGAAGCUCCCUUCGUCUUUGGCACCAUGCAAGAUGAGUCCGCUCGUCAGAAUGAAGGACCCAUGGAACAACAUGAUCCUACUCUUGCCUCUGCAAGAGUUCAUGUCCUUGACCUCUGUCUAAGGAAAGCACUGUGCCUCUGCUCCAUGUUCCAACUUCUAUGCUGGCUCCCUUCAUGCGGCUUGGGUACUUCGCCAAGUUACACCCAAGUUGCUCCGCUCCUCGUUUUUGCAUUGAGUCGAUGGUGGCCCUCGCGCCCACCAUUCCAUGGGUCAGCCCUCCCUUGAGUCCGAUCUCCACAUCGACUCCAAGUGUGCCUUCAUUUGUGUUGCUUUGGGUCGCUCCCCCACUUGAUCUCGCAAUGCAUCCACCAAUGCAUUCUCUCAAGCGAGAUCAUGCGACGACUCCUCGCCGCUUGCUCAGUCCAUCGAGCUUCGUGGAGUUGUUGUUUGUUGAGGUACUCCUCCUCAACAUGUGAGGUCCGUCUCACAUGAUUCUCCCUCUGGAGAGCCGGGACUUAUCCCUCCUGGAUAACUAUCCCGUUGGAGCAACAUCUCUCUUCGUUUCGGAGACCACCAUCCCCUUGGACUACUCCGAUCUGCUGAACAUACUGUGCAUUGUUCUGCCUCCUGCAAACGCACUUGCUAGAUUGCGACUCCCCGUCAAUACAGUCCCCGCUGCACCCCUCAAGGCCUAGCAACAUGCUGAACUCGUUGCACACUUCAGCCUCCUACGGACGUAUCCUUCACAUGCCGAAGAGAAAGUUUCAAUGCUCCAUGGCACCGAGUUUCGGUCGCCUUGGGAUGGCCACGAACAUUCCAUCGUCCGCAUACAAGCCCAUGCAUGAGUACCAAAUUCUUCGAGUUAGCAAUUCCCCUCACCUCUGUGAGCUUUGCAGAACUCUUUUGGUCGUUGAGCAACUUAUUCCACCUUGGAUGGUCUCAUCCUUUACCAAGCGCCUCGCUUGUCUUGAGCACCAUCAAGUAUAGUUGUCAACGUUGAGCCGUAGCUCAAACUCAGCCAUCCCAACCUUUGUGCGCUCCACAUUCUUCCAAGCUUGCCUGUUCUCGUGGUGCCUCUUGCGCGAAGGGUUGGCCAUUCCUCUGAAUGCCAAUGUCAGAUGCCCGCUCCUCUGAGCGACUCCUUUUCCCUACAUCUCCAUACCCGUUUUCCCCCAAACGGUCGCGCGUGUGCUGACUGCCCUCAACGCAGCCCCGCUAGGUCCCCCAUGUUUGCAUGCUAAGUGUUUCUAUGAGUGGUUGUCCCGCUCUGAUACCAUCUGUCACGGACUUAGCUGGUUUUGCCUAAGUCGUGCGGCACCCUUGCGUGUCCGUCCGCAGAGGUCAGCCUCCCCGAAGUCUCCCAUUGUCCCUUAGGACCAACAAAAGAGAGAACAGGCUAGAGAGAACGCCUCAAUCGGGAUCCACAAGUAAACAUCUCCGAAAAACACUUCAUAGACAAUGCAAAUUAUAAACAUACUUUACAAGCUCUGAACAGUGGCACAACAAAGGAUAAAAUGGUCCAUUACAGACCGAAAAUCUCUCACACGUGUCCACAUGACACAACCUUUAUUUACAAGCCUAGCCCCUCUACAUGCUGUACAAGGCAUGAACAUGCCAAAAGACACGGACAUACGUAAGCAUUACAUCAAACAUCCUAUUUCGAAGUUUGUUCGUGACAAUACGGUCCGACGCUAGUUUGUUUUGUUUUUUCUAUUAUCUUUUCAGGUGAUAUCAGGUAUGACCCAAUAUAUUAGUACCAUGCUGGUCUCAUAGAAUAUUGAAACUGAUAUUAGAGAGAGAUUGUAGACCUUGUUGUGUAUAUUUAUUUUAUUUCAGGAGUAAUUCUGAUGCAUCUUUGAUUUGAAUUAACCUUAUUUAUGGUAAUGUAUGGAGUCUUACUUCUAGAUGAUUGUGUAACUUAGAGAAGGCACUUGGUGGGGAUGUUAGGAUGUAUGAUGAAACUACUCUCAUUGUCAGUAUCUUCAACCAAAAGGGUGCAAAAUUCAUGAAGCAGCCUUACAAGCAAGUGCCCACUAGGCUUUUUCAAUUUUAGCUAUUUUAGAUUUCAUGGGAGCCAAUGUCAUGUCACUAAACAUGCAUUUGUUAUUCAUUUUUAGUUUUUGACUUCCCUGCAUUAGAUGUUAUUGUUGCUUGUUUCAUUAUACCUUAGCAACCUAAAAGUUAGGGAUGCAAUCCUAGAGACACAUUAUAUGUAAUCCAAGUUACAAAUAUUGUAUAUAUUAUUGCAGAACUCUUAGGGUCUGCUGAAAUAGAAGUUGCAUUUGACCACAACAGCAAACAUGAUAACAGAUAACUCAAUUCCUAAUAGUUUGAGAAAUUUUGAACAUUUGUUUUUUGAUAUUACGGUAUGGCUCUUUAAGUCAAGUCGUUGAUGGUUUGAGCAAUUUAAUUAUUUCCUUUCAUAUAAAUUUUUUUCUAAAAGAUUCUCUUCCAAUCUCUUGGUAAUUUCUUACUUUCCAUUUAUUUUCUUUUAAUACGCUUGUUGAUAAAGCUAUCUCUUGAUCUUCGAAGGCCUUCCCUUAUGAAGAAUGCCAUCAAAUCAUUUUCUAUUAUGAUCAUCUGUGCUAACUAGUUCAUAUAUGGAUUAGAAAAUUGAACAAAAGGUGCACAAAAAAUGGUAUUGUUAUACAAGGUCUGAUUUGUGUGAUUUAACAGGAAGUAAAGCCAUGUACUUGGACAUACUUAUUUCCAUUUCUACAAUUGUCAUUUUCAAAUUCCUACUAGGUUUUUCAGGUUUUAUCUUAUUUAAAAGAAAGAUUUAGUUUUUUUUUUCUCUUGUAAGGUGAAUAUCCGUACAAAUGUUUUUAACACCGCCGAUGUUGGUCCCAAGCCUGAAUGAAAAAGGUGGAGGGUUGUGGAAGGCCACUAAGAGCCAGCUUGAAAAACAUUUGAGAACUCAUAUGCAUGAUCUUAACUGUUUCGUAAUAAACCUAGGUCAUCAUUGAGAUUAGAUAUGAGACAAGAUUGUCUGGAAGAAAACUAUGAUAUUAUCAGCAGGGACUAAUCAUUUGCUCACGAGACAUGAGACAUCUGGUCUAAGGGUAAACCCUAUGUAUCUGAGAGGAAAAUUAGAAAUCUUGUCGUUCAGUAUAUUGGCAGAUUUGCGAUAAUUUGAAUUUUCAAGACCCAACAUCACUAUCUAUUUUCGACCAGAUACUCUAAAAUCAUAAAUCAUAUCGUACUUUCAGAUUUACCAAUUAUUGUUCUUUGAUCUCACAAAACACAUAGAAUCAUCCUCUUAUUUCAGGUUGAUCAUGUUACUAGAGGAUCUGCACGGCCCAAACUUAUCUGACCUUGCCUGAUCUUAGUAUUGUGCAAAACAUGUCAAGCUCAAGAAGAAACAGCAGAAAGAUCAGUUCUUCAUGGCAAACCAUUAAUCCUUAUUUUGUUAGAUGAGUAGCUUCUCUUUUGAAUGUAGAUAACUUUCUUGAACUCCUUGAAUUACUGGUCAAAUUCCUGCUACAGGCAUUAAUUAGAUAUUUGGACUUCUUCUGACACUAUAGAUCAUUACAGUGUCUGUAACUGUAAAUAAAUUUUCUCUCAAUAUGUCACUCAAACUUCAUAGCUAUUUUGUUUUUUUUUUUGGCUGUAAUCUUUACAUGUUUCCAUAGUAUCUUUUUAUGUAUUUCAAUGUCAUUUGUGCAAAUAUGUUUUUUGUUUACAAAUUAAUUAAUGUGACAAAAAAUUGUAGCGUAAGGAGAUGGGUGGAAAUGGUAGCCAAACCAGAGGCGAAGAAGCUGCUGAUGCUAGCAAGGUAUCUGAUCAAUCAGCUGAAAGGAAAAAAAGUUUGGUGGACUGGAUGAACUUGAUUAAACCUGCUAAUGAGGAGAAAGAUCACUGGGUUCCGGAUGAAGUUGUUAGCAAAUGCACAUCAUGUGGAUCAGAUUUUGGAGCUUUCAAUCACAGGCAUCAUUGCAGGAAUUGUGGCGAUAUUUUCUGCGACAAGUGCACAAAGGGUAGAAUUGCUCUCACUGCAGAAGAAAAUGCUCAGCAAGUCCGAGUUUGUGAUAGAUGCAUGGCAGAAGUUUCUCAAAGGUUAAGCAAUGCAAAAGAAGCUGUCAGCAAACCUACCGGUCUGCAAAGUCAUGAAGAUCUUGCACGAAGGCUUCAGGUUGAUGCAGGUCGAGUCAACCACAGCCCCACAUCGAGUCAAUAAACCGUGGCCGGUUUCAGAACCGUGUUACGAGAAGACUGGUAUAAGAUUGAUCUCUGGGAUUUCAGUCCGCAUUGCUUCUGCAUAUCUCCUUGAAGCAUAUACAGAUUUGGUAUCUUCCGACACACUCUAUUUGGGAUUCCAGUCCACAUUAGCUACUGGAAAAUGAUUUUUAAAUUUUUUUCAGUCAUUAAUCCCUAAUAUUCUUCUAAAUGAGAUAAGUGGGAGGGGGAAUGUUUUGAUUUGUUUUGUGAGCGAGCAUAAUUUAUCCUAAUUCUAGAGUGAUAUUCCCAUCAAAUACUUCCAUCUGCACGAAGAUAAUUCUUAUUUGAUGAUGUUUGCAUGUUUCUAUCCUUUAGCUUUUGUAUCAAGUUAUGGUCAUACAAUUCCAGGUUACAGCAAGAAAUCCAUGCCCGGUGCUUUUCAGACAUGUAUUAUGGUUCAUCAUCAUAAGUCUGAAUGUACUGGAUCAAUCAGCAGAGUUAAUGGACAACCAUUAGAGGUUUCACGGAAACAAGGACUUCAUUGGGGAAGUUCUUUCUUUCCUUUCUCGGCCUUACCCUCGGUCAAAUGCAAUCAGAUUCUGCAAGGUAGAAAUGGCUGCCACGGUAAGAGGCUUUGGUUACUACAAAAUUUUGGGAAUUCAAAUGUAUGCAGCUGUCUCUCCCUGUGCAGUAAGAUUUUUUUCCUAUUAUUGAAGUCCUUGGUGCUUAUUUGCUACCUCCACCUUUCUGCACAACAAAAAUGGUCUACAGAUUGGAGGAACGCCAUUGUGGACCUUCUAUAUUGGUUUGGUAUGAAGUCCCCAUUCAGCACAUAGGCUGGUCUUUCCAUGCUAGUUGGUAGAUAUCAUGUGUCAAGGUUGGCAACCUUCUUUCCAAAAUCUUUGCAUCAAAAUGCAAGUGCAGCCAAAAGAAAGAGUAGGGAUGUCUCCUCUAAUGCUGUGUUACCUUUGCUUGGAAUUGGUGUUCCAAAAUCAUUGCCAAUAGGUUUUGUGUCCUUUUCUUAUAUUUGUGGCAUUUCUCUACUAUAUUAUCAGUUUUGUGUAUUUUUUGCAUGAGAUAAAGAUACUUAUGUAGGUCAUUAGAAUCCAAAAACAAAGCAAAAAAAUCCUGGAUCCUUUUCUUAUAUACAUGUGUUCUGUUGCAUCUUUUUGGUGUGUCCUUGCAUGUGAUAACAUAUGGUUCUAUAGUUUAUUAUACUCUAAAACAAUUAAGUGCUACUUAUGAUUAUGGAUAUAUAUGAUUAUAUUUUAGGAUUAUUUAGAUACUGCAGAAUUCAGAUCAUAUCUACAACCUCCUAAAGUACAAAUGGAAGUUAUCUUAACGAAUUACAUUUUCAUAUUCUGGAAUGUACAUUUCUGCAUGCAUAGACCUUAAGAUAUCGACUUAAUCCAGUUUGGUACAGUAUAAUAUUUUUUCAUGAUUGUAUUAUGCUUCAAUCUGUUGAUCACAAUAACUUAAAUAACAUUCUUUUGAUCGAUGUACUUCAGGAUGCAGAGAUUGUUUGGAACAUGCCAAAUACAACACUAGCAAUGAUGUGGAGUAUCUGAAAACAUAAAAAUAUUUGUGAGGCAGUUGCUCUACAAUCCUAGACUUCUAUCUGCAUAUCCCGCAGCUUUUGUUGAAGCAAAGCUCUGUCAAGUUGAACAACAGCGUGAGCUGAAUUAGCAGAUUCAAAAACAGCCCUGAAACUUUAUGUUCACAUUGUGAACUUGAUUGUUUUUUUAAUUGUGUGGAUGUGCCUGUUAAAUUUAUGAAAUUUGUUUCCAUGUUGUAGUGUAGUGAUGGCCUAUGUAGGAUGUGAGAAAUGUCAGACUGUUGGAAAAUCUUCAAACUCAAGGUUUAGUUCUCGUCUCUAUUUAUAGUCUAAAAUCAUUUAUACUA